GGCAGCAGAUAUGCAGGGCAGUUGCACUUAUGUUCUGCACUGUCCUUCCGCUGCUGAUAGGCAGCCUGCAGUGUGCUGGGAUGUUUCACCCUGCCCUUAGAGAUUAGACGCUUUCUUCAGAGGCAGCAAGGUACAAACGGCGUGCAGAAAGAGACAAAAAAGGGUAAACUACCUCCUUGCACCCCCAGGCAUGAGGAAGAAGGUGCUUUUUGCAGAGCCAACAAAACAGAAGGAACAAAUGGAAUGAAUUACAAAUUUUGAACAUUGUCAUUGGGUUAAUCUACCUUGGGAAGAGCUCUGCCUUGCCCCGUCACCACCUCUUCUGCACUGAGCUGGGAAUAACAUGGUGGCAGAGAAGAAGAACAGAGAGCAGAGAAAAGGACAUGAACUUGAUUGACAUCCUUUGGAGGCAAGAUAUAGACCUUGGGGCAAGGCGUGAAGUUUUUGAUUUCAGUCAAAGACAGAAGGAGUAUGAACUCGAGAAACAGAAGAAACUUGAAAAGGAAAGACAAGAGCAGCUCCAGAAAGAGCGGGAGAAAGCCUUGCUGGCUCAGCUGGUGUUAGACGAGGAGACAGGUGAAUUUGUUCCAGCUCAGCCAGCUCAGCACGUUCAGUCAGAAAACGCUGAACCACCGAUCAGUUUUUCACAGAGCACAGAUACUUCAAAACCAGAGGAGGCCUUGUCCUUUGAUGACUGCAUGCAGCUCUUGGCAGAAGCAUUCCCAUUCAUAGACGACAAUGAGGCUUCUCCAACUGCAUUUCAAUCACUGGUUCCUGAUCAGAUUGAUAGUGACCCAGUCUUCAUUUCUUCUAAUCAAACUCAGCCACCCAACUCACCUGGUAUAGUUCCACUUACUGAUGUAGAGAAUAUGCAGAACAUAGAGCAAGUUUGGGAAGAGUUAUUGUCCCUUCCAGAGUUACAGUGUCUAAACAUUGAAAAUGACAACCUGGCUGAAGUAAGCACAAUCACAAGCCCUGAAACCAAGCCAGCGGAGAUGCACAACAGCUAUAAUUACUACAAUUCAUUACCCACCGUGAAAAAAGAUGUUAACUGUGGUCCAGAUUUCCUGGAGAAUAUCGAGGGCCCUUUCUCCAGCAUUUUGCAGCCAGAAAACAGCAGCCAGCUGAACGUGAACUCUUUAAAUAACACACUGACUUCGAGCUCUGAUUUCUGUGAGGAUUUCUAUACCAGUUUUAUUUGUGCAAAGGGGGACAGUGACACAGUAACAACAAACGCUAUCAGUCAGUCACUUGCAGAUAUUUUAAGUGAACCUAUUGAUCUUUCUGAUUUCCCACUGUGGAGAGCUUUUAACGAUGACCACUCAGGAACUGUGCCAGAGUGUAAUGAUUCUGACUCUGGUAUUUCACUGAAUGCAAAUUCUAGUGUAGCAUCACCCGAACACUCUGUUGAAUCAUCUACCUGUGGAGAUAAGACUUCUGGUUGUAGCGAUUCUGAAAUGGAAGACGUGGACAGUUCUCCUGGAAGUGUGCCACAGAGCAAUGCUAGCAUGUACUUACUGCAGUUCCCUGAUCAAAUGCUUCCUUCUGUGGAGCCAGGCGCUCAAAAACGCAGCUUGCAACAUAUGGACACACCAAAGAAAGACCCUCCUGCUGGCCCAGGCCACCCUAAAGCUCCGUUCACAAAAGAUAAACCUUCGGGCCGUCUUGAAGCUCAUCUCACGAGAGAUGAGCAAAGAGCAAAAGCUCUGCAGAUCCCUUUUCCGGUAGAAAAAAUCAUCAAUCUCCCUGUUGAUGACUUCAAUGAAAUGAUGUCUAAGGAGCAGUUCAGCGAAGCCCAGCUUGCACUUAUUCGAGAUAUACGCAGGAGAGGCAAGAAUAAAGUGGCCGCUCAGAACUGCCGUAAGAGAAAACUGGAAAAUAUAGUGGAACUGGAGCACGAUUUGAGUCACCUAAAAGAUGAGAGAGAGAAAUUGCUUAAAGAAAAAGGUGAGAAUGACAAAAGCCUUCGUCAAAUGAAAAAGCAAUUAACCACCUUAUAUGUUGAGGUCUUCAGCAUGCUACGUGAUGAAGAUGGAAAGUCUUACUCUCCUAGUGAAUACUCACUGCAGCAAACUAGAGAUGGCAAUAUCUUCCUUGUUCCUAAAAGCAGAAAGGCAGAGACUAAACUUUGAAGAGCAGCACGGCUGGCUGGUGUUCCCCGAGUUACUAUUUUUGUAUCGUUAAUAGCUUUUACUGUGAGGUGGAAUGCAGAAUUAGGUAAUAUUUUUCAAGUAAUUCUAUGCAAUGAUGAUUUGAAAAUUAAUAUUUAAGUUUAUGAAAGGUGCAAGUUCAAAACUAAUUGUGGAAUGCAGAUGUACGUAUGCAAAAUUUGUAAUCUCACUUUUAUAACAGGCAUUUCCUUCUUUUAGCACCAUUUUAACUAGUUUCCAUACAUGUAAAUAUUUAAAGAUACCGUAUUUAUAUACUGUUCUUAUCUCCUGUUAUAUUCACAGAUUUGAUAUAUAAGAAUAAUUCUAGCCUCCUAAAUCUAAUUUCUUGCAAGAUAAACAGUAUGGCUUCUUAUUUUUUUGUAAAAGAAAAAAAAGCAAUAGCGUUUGUUUCCAAUUUUUAUAAAUGCUUUAUAUUUAAUGUAUGGUUUUAAUUUAGUGUCAAGCUGAUACUCAUUGUUUGAUUUUGAUUCAUCUUACCAUUUCAUUAAACUUUUUAUUAUUGUUGUUGUUAUUAUUUUUCAUGCCAUAGGCAUUUAUUUCCCUACAGUAGGUUAAGUGCCGAUCCAGAUAUCCUCACUGGUUUUCCAAGAUAAGUCUUCAUGCAACAAAUAUGCUUAACAAGCAGAGAUGUAUUGCACAGCACUGUCAGCAUUAUUGAUGUUCACCGUAACUUUAACUACCAUGUGGGAGGAUUGUGUAACAAAUUUGUUUCAAGCCUAUGCUAAGUUCAUAUAAUUUGUUUUGCUCUCAGAACACUAUUUAUAAGCUCAUGAUGAGAUCUCCUCCAAAGGCAUUAGAAUCUGUUAAUUAAAAAGUGUCAGCAUUAUGUAUUUUCCCAACUAAUAAAUUCUGUAUACCUUUCAGUAAUUUUUCUAGAAAUUCAUUAUGCAUCUCUGAUCAGCAGGCAUCAUUUGUCACUGCUGUGCUGUCUGAAGUCAUGGAAAAAGAUAUCCCAAGGGCCGAGCAAUGCACUCUUUGGAACCUGUGCUCAGUUUGUUGAAAAAAUGUUGUGAUGUUUGAAGUUAUGAGUUACAAGAGAUGAAAAAUUGGGCAAAUAAACCACAGUGUUUCACUUACUCCUCCACUGGACUCAUUGUACUUGAUCAUUGUGGAUCUUUCUAAAUACUGAAAAGGCAUAAUUUGAAAUAGAUGUUGAAAUGAAUGUUAAAAGCUGUAUCACCUUCCCUGUGGAACUUCUAAAAGGAACGUUUGAAAUGUUUUUUCUGCCACUGGGGCUGUUUCAGGAUUAGUUUAGGUAUAUUUUGUUACCAUGCAUACAUUUGUUUAGUACGCUAAGCAUUGAGCCGUUCUGCAAGUUUUGCUAGACCUAUUGAACAUUUCUCUAAAAAGAAACUAAUUUUUAAGUUGAAGAGCUUUUGGCAAUCAGCCUUGUUUCCCACAUGAAAGUGUUGUGAAACUGCAACUGCAGUGGGCAGGGCUCGUGUUCCAAAAGAGGAAGGGUAGGGGGCUAGGACAGAAAGCCCUGGUUUUGAUUAGUGCUUCUCUAUCAGGGGAUGCUGUGGAGCUUCUCCUUUCUUCCACUUGUUCUCCACUGUUCUCACACAACUCCGGAGGCUCUGUAAGCUCCCUUUCCUGAAUAUUAAUAACUAGUUUAGGACCAACUGUGGUGUAGCUGUCUGUUUGGCUUUUCCUUGAAUGCACUAAAUUUAACAAGCGUUUUAUUGUCCAGUUAGUCACAGUAAUAAUAGCAUAGUAAUCCUUUGUUAUCAGCUUUUGUUUUCAUUACUCCCCAAAAUUUUGUAUCUACGCUUUGUGAGCCGGUCAUUCACCCUCUGUUAUCUUAUUUACAGAUUCUGCAUAGCAGAGGCCUUUCUGCUACCUGGUGCCAACAUGCACACAGUCUCUAUUGUGCUUCAGCUGAAGUGUGAUGUUAGCUAACCAGAGAAGAGCCAGGAGUAGGAAAGCAGAUCUGUUCCAACAGCUUUUCCAAGAAGGUAGUUGUAUCCCAGGACUGGAUGAUGCUAGGAACCCUGCUCCUAUUGAUUAUAUCCUAUUGGAAAGAGUGCAGCCAAGUACCAGUACCAGGAGACAGUCUCCAGCUGACAGAGACUCCAGGUGCCUACCCAUAAAGAGCUAGAGCACAGGUAAUGGUUUCACACAACUUCUCAAGCUUGUUACUUACUUUCCAAAGUUUGGUCCUGCCCUACAGGUGUUUGUAUCUGAGGCAGCAGAUACAGUGAAGUCAGCAGGAGCCAAUAAGUACAGGCCAAUAAGUACAAGACAAUUUCAAUUUCAACUUAUUUCUUACAAUUUUUUUUUUUUUUUUUUUUAAGUCAGGAUAUUCACCUUAAUGCUGUGAAAACUGUUUCUGCUUUUAGAACCACAUUAAAUGCAUUUCAUAUAGCUAAAUAAGUCUAAACGUUAUGCUAGGAAACAAUGAUUGCACUUGUGCUGGUAAAAAUCAGAACCAUCAUAGCUGCAGUCAAUAGGAAGAGUAGCCCUUGAGCAAGAACGGUAGUUUCCACUCUUAGAAUUAUUCUUCCCUUUUCUAUAAAUAAUGCAUUCUCAAAAGCAGCUGUGAGCAGGUCAGUAUCUGGUGCUGGAAAAAUACUAUCCUAACUUUCAAUCUUAUCUAACACAGCUGAAGAGUAUCAGAGAUUAUCCCCACAGGCAUGUCUCCUUUUUUUCUUCUGACAGAAUACAAGCUAUUAAGCCUUGAGAAACUGUACCAAGAGAAUCCUGCUGGCAAGGUGCUCUCAUUUGCACUAGUCCUCAUAGUAAGGUAAAUCUGGAGAAGCCUGGCUGCACUUUGGUGUGGCCCAACCACAGAUUUCUUGUGGCCAUUUCCUGUAGUGAUGCAGAUCCUCAAAACAGCCUGGGCUGAUUUGUCAGCUCACUGCUACCAAAAGUGGAAGGACUGUCAAAAGUUUCCCUCUUCGUCUUCUCCACUGUCUGCACAUGGCUGCUUGUUCCCAACCAUAUGCUGAACUGUGGUUUGUUACACAGUGAUUUGGGUCUUUCCCUCUUCAGAAAACUGGUGCAACAAAGCAGCCAAUUCUUGCACAUAAGCACUGCAACAAUUGCAGCUCACACAAGGAGACAGGAGGGAAAAAAAGGAAAGACAUUCUAAGCUCAGCUGCUCCCAAGAUCUGCGAGAGUCUUGGAAACGCUAGGAGUACUGCCCUUCACAUUGAGUAGAGAUGUUUGUUUCUGCAGAGGCUAUUUGUUGGUGAAUAGAAAUCCAGGUGACUUGACUUGCACUUACCUUGUUUACCAAAUUUUAUGUUAAUAGCACAUGAGUCCAUCCCCCUGCAGAGUCCUUGACUUACUCUGAAGGCAAGAGGACAUCACUUUGUUGAGCAAAUUGUCAAUACCAAUGGCUCAAAACCUGAAAGCCAGGAUUGACAGAUUAAGCAGGUUUAUUUGCUCUAGAUAGAGCGGUCAGUCACCAGGUAAACUAAACCAAAGAGAUCACAGUAGCACGGGCUAUUUUUCUUGCGACUGCUGUUCAGUAUGCCUGUAUUGAAUUUGAAUGCAGUACUGCCAAGGAAGGAAAACUUCCAUAGGAGUCAUUGAAGCUGUCUGAAACACUAGAGGAAUGUGAGACUUUGGAACCAUUUAAAGCAAGGUGAUCUAAAGCAUUACUGAUAAUGGCAAUUUUAAAGUAUAAGCACUAGUAAAAAGAUCAUACUAAGCUACGGCCCUGAGCUGUCAUUCAACAGCGAUACACAGUAGCUCUAAUACAGGUACAUCUAACAGUACAGUACAGCAGAGUACAGUAAGAUGCUUGCCUCCCCUUUCCUCUCUCCUACCCCCCUCCCAUUAUCUAGGUUAUCAAGGGCUUGAAAACAUUCUCUCUAGAUGAAACACUGGUAUUUUAAUCACAAUUUGGGUAUAAAGCAGUCCAUGAUAAGCCCCUGCCCUGCAUUUUAAUUUGGUACUUAUUUAGCACUAAUGCAAAAGUCUAAGACAAACAUUCUUACAGCCUCUGCAGGGUCUGCUGUGAUACAGGCUUGCUUACUCCAUUAUCAAGAUAAAAAAUAUGAUGAAGUGCAAUAAAAAGAACACAGUUAAUGCAGAAACCUCGUUUGAAUUCCGCUGGCAAAAAGUCAGUCUGAAGUAACUCAGACCACAACAUGCAUUCAGUACAAAGCCAUCACGAUCACAAUGGCAUUUGUGCUUACAACUAACAACAUUAAGGGAGAAAUGUUCUGCGUUAGAUCAUUCAAGUCUACGUGAAAAUAUUAGGUCGCAAGUCUUUCAUUUUAUGAUCAUAACCAAGGUACAGGAUGUGCUCCCAAACCUGGGAACGACCAGUGGCGCUGCCACAUCAUGUAAAUCCUCAUGCAUUGCAAUUCUGACCUCACAUGCUGACAAGCCUCCACAUGGAGACCUUUUGUUUCUUGAUCAAAUCAUUCCACUGCAAAGCCAUUAUAACUAAAGCUCAGGAGCUGAGUUGAAUCUAAGCGAAUUAACUUCUGACUUGCAGACUCUGGUUCGAACAACGAUCCCACCACUGCAUUGCAGUACAUUAAGUUUACUUCGUACUCCUCUCAGCACUAAACAAAAGUGAGGGCAACACAUUUAAGAUUGUGAGUCAUUUGACAACAUACACUUUAUUUUGAUACAAAAAUGAAGUGUUUUAACAUUUCAAUCCAUUAUGGACUAUACUGAAAUUUUUCACUUCCAUACUUUUUGAACUUGUUUAACCACAAGGAUCAGAUAUCACCAUACUAGCACCAUUGCUCUUGAAGUCUUUGCCAGUUAUUUUAAUAUAUUAUUCUGUUUCCAAUCUUCCAGUAUUGUCUUCUACAUGAAGGUCAUUUUUCUUCUACGCAGAUAGUUGGAUUUUUAGAUGAGGAAAAAGCUAAUCUUAGACAGAUGUCAACCUGUAGCACCCACAGCAGAAAAAGAAUCCAUCCAUCAGAUAUCUGCAUUUUAGUGAUACUCAAGAUCUUUCAUGCUUCACACAAGAUACAAAUAUUUGUCAGAGAUCACAGACUGAUAUGUGAAUGCUUUGUUGAAAUGCAGACAGUCUGUGAAUAAAAGUUAAUGGCUUAAAUACAGGAAGCAAAACCAGUACGUCAGUACAUCACACAAGCAACACUUGGAAGAGGAGGAGCAUUCCCAUUCCCAUAGUAAAAUAUUCAAAGGAUAUCAAAGUUAAGAUGCCAUGGUGUUUCGGUAUUGUCUAAUAACAAACAAUUUAUCGCAUCUGCAUCAGCCUGGGCUCAUUCUGGGCAAAUACGUUUACUACCUGGAAGGACAAAUGGCUUUUGAGUUAACACACAGUUUGAGGUAUUUAAAAAGUUGCUACAGAACUGCAAUACUUUGCAACUUUAUUUUCACAUCCUUACAUCUCCAUUUACAGCUGCUAGAGAAAAAUAAUGUCCUUAACUCUUGGAAGUGUGUCUCUUGGGCAUAAAAAUGCUUGAUCAAAUAUGCCUUAAGGAUUUGAUCAUCUUUGAGAAGUUUUAUUUCUGAACGAAAAACAAAACAAACAAAAAAACAACCAAUGAGGUAUGUGUAACUGAAGCCAAUCAAUCUAAUAGGAGUGCUACAAAACCAACUGCAAACAUAGCUCAAGGAAUAUCUUUGCACACGCUUAGUGCAAAAAAACCUAAAAGACCACAGUAUGGAGGGGUAAGGCUUUACUAGGCUGCUGUACUGAGUACUGCAAUGCAAGCUAGACAUUUUUGUUGAGUAGAACUUACCCAUUUUUCCAAGAUCUUUCCUUUUAAAAAAUUGCCACCUUCCCCCAAUGGACAAAUACCUUUGUACAAACAGCACAUGAAUGCUUUCCCUGGUGACUUGUGGCACUGAGUGACUGCAUCAGCUCACAAGGACAACACGGCAUAGCAGAGAGAAAACUAAGGUGCUUUUCACCUCUAGGUAAGAUAGCAAGCAAGUCACCUACAACAAGCUACCUAGUGUGCUAUACUAAGGAGCCUGUGAUCUCACUGCAGCAGGUUUAAUCCCGGCUCACCCCUAAGUAAAAACAUUUGUCAACACUUUAUUUAAGUAUAUACUCACUAUGAGAUUUCCAUUCACUAUGUAUCUCCUGAUUAUAUGAAAUUUGCACAUUACCAUUGUAAAAAUACUUCAAGUUAACCUCUGAUUGUAUGUGUUCCAACAUGAAGUUUGUUUUCUAGCUGUUCAGACAGCUGCUAGCAAGUUCAGCUACUGGAAUCAGUCAGCAAUAUGGCCAAGUCCUGAACUGCAUGUAUUCCAUUUGUCUUGUUCUGAGUAAGUUGAGCACAAAAACAGAAACAGACUUUUCAAAAAUACUGCAACGAUGCAAAGAGGUAUUGAGAAGUUCAAACAGUUAACUACUAUCCAAAGGACUUUUUACAUUAUAGACUCUUACAGGUACGGGAUAGUCCUGGGAUACAGCAGAAUAGGAAAUACACAUUCCAAGAGUUAAGAACCCACAUGCAAAAAAAAAAACCACCAUAAAUAAAUAAAAUCCAUGAAUUAAUUUCAUUGCUAUUCAUCCAUAUA